UUGUUUUCUAGGCUUGAAAAGUGCUUCGUGUUGUAGUCUGGUUUAUUGAACAAAUCAAUUUGAUACGGUGUAUAAUAUUUUAAGUUAUAGAGUACGGUAGUGUUACUAUUACUAAUUAGGCCAACAGUGAAAAAGAGCACCAGUAUUUAAUUCGUAGGCUAAGAUCAUAUUAUUGAGAAGAAUGUUUCUAACAAGAUCAGAAUAUGACCGUGGAGUAAACACAUUCUCUCCGGAAGGAAGGCUGUUUCAAGUGGAAUAUGCCAUUGAAGCAAUCAAGUUGGGAUCUACUGCCAUUGGUAUCCAGACAUCAGAAGGAGUUAUGCUUGCUGUAGAGAAACGAGUUACUUCAACCUUAAUGGAAUCAACAACAAUUGAAAAGAUAGUCGAGAUUGACACUCAUAUAGGCUGUGCUGUAAGUGGACUCAUGGCUGAUUCUAGGACAAUGGUUGACAAGGCACGAGUUGAAGCUCAGAACCACUGGUUUUUGUACAAUGAGAAAAUGCAAGUAGAAAGUGUGGCUCAGGCAGUUUCCAACCUUGCUAUUCGGUUUGGGGACAGUGACGAUGAUGGGAUUGCAAUGAGUCGACCAUUCGGGGUAGCAAUUCUCUUUGCUGGAAUUGACGAGAGAGGUCCCCAACUUUACCACAUGGACCCAUCUGGAACAUAUGUCCAGUAUGAUGCUAAAGCCAUUGGAUCUGGGUCAGAAGGGGCACAACAAGCCUUGCAGGAAGAGUAUCAUAAAUCUAUGACUUUAGAAGAAGCCUCCAAAACAGCUCUUAAAAUCUUAAAACAAGUGAUGGAAGAAAAACUAAACUCCACAAACAUUGAGGUAGCAGCCGUAACUCCCGAUAAAGGCUACCACAUGUUUACCAAAGAAGAAUUGGAAGAGGUCAUCAAAAACAUAUAAUAAUUGUCCCAUUUCACUAGGUUUACUACUUUUGAAAACCUCUGUAUAUCUGUUUGACACUAAAGAAAUGUUUAAUAAACAUCAGUUUUUAAAUUAGCA